CACAAAUGGACAAUAGUCUUCUUUAUUAUAGUAAUUCCUUGUGAAUACUACUAGGACAUAUGAAAGGAAUUGUUCUUCUGAAUGAUGAAAGUACAGUUACUGUGAGGGGAGCUGAGCAUAAUAAUUCAGUCAUGAUAUACAUUCGAAGAGUUGGUCCCCUUGUGCUACACAAGAGUCAGAGAGACAAAAAAAAAUUGAGAUUCGUUUUCAUGGUAGCUGCCCUCAUAAUAUCCAUAAGCCUUGUCCUCAAACUCCUGCAGGCAAAUCCUGAAUUAACAUUAUCAGAUUUAGUAGAAAGGUCAGAAGUGGGAGCAGCUUCUUUCCAACUGAAAACUGAUGAUCAUAAAGAUGAUGGUCCUAGAGGCAAAUGUGGCCUUGUAAAACCAUGUCCUGGAAAUAAUUAUACAUUUAAGAUUUACAGUGGCGCAACAAACAUCAUUGGACCUCAAAUAUGCUUUGAGGGGAAAAUGAUAAUAGAGAAAGACAGACGAGGAAAGCGACCAGGAAUUAAUAUUGCUGUCAUCAACGAAAAAACGGGUGAACACGUCAAGACUGGCAUCUUCAAUAUGUGGAACGGAAAGGUUGAGGAGCUGAUAGAGUUUCUGAAGUCAAUCAAGGAUGGUUCUCUUGUGUUGAUCGCCACUUUUGAUGAUCCAGCCACAAAACUUAAUGAUGAAGCAAGGACACUUAUUGCAGAGCUUGGAAGUUCAUAUAUUUCCCAGUUGAAAUUCAGAGAUAAUUGGCUCUUUGUGGGAGGGAAGAACACAAGAACACAAGUCACUUUUGAGCAGCACCUAAAGAAUGACAGGAAAACCAAUAAGUACGAAAGCUGGCCAGAAAUGAUCGAGAUGGAAGGUUGCAUACCUCGAAUAGACUGAUUUUUCCCGCAGCACAAUUUGAUCUGCCAAAUAAUGCCUUUUAAAUCAGGCCUCAGAUGAUGUUUUCGCAUCUACAGUUAAUAGAACGAGCUGAGCCACGAUGCAUUUUCCAAUGUGUUUCAUGAUAUUCAGACUGCUAUUUGUCUACUUUUGUGGAAAUACGAUUCUGUUAAUAUUUCUGAGGCCAUUUCACUGUUUCAACU